AUGAAUAUUGAAUAUGCCGACGGCGUGUUCAAUGCCAUUCCUGCCGACGCGGUCGAAGCCGUCCUUGUGGAUAUCCAGGGUCGGUUUGAGACGAUCCUCAGCAUUUCAGUGCUCCCUCCGUCUCUCCGCCGCUCCAACUACGCAGACUUCCUCUCCGAGAUCCGCAAACUCCGCCGCCACCGACUCCAGGUAAUGGCCGUGUUCAACCCCGGCCUCGCCACCUACCCCGAUGGAAAUGGUGACGGUCCUGCUCCCGGCUCCAGCUCGUCCUAGUGUUUCUUCUUCUUCCUCCUCCGGUACCCUCUUGUAUAUAGUCUAAUUCC